ACUCGAUGGCAAACAUUUACCCUUACCACCCUCCAUGAAUGGCACCCAAUGGGGACAGGCAACAAUGGCGCGAAAUUUAGAACGUAACUGCCCCUCGAAUCGUCCUUGUUCGAACAUUAUCUGUCCGGAUCCAUUUGAUUGUGUUGAUUUGUGGAACGAAUACGAAUGCACUUGCAGCGAAGGUCGCGUCAUGUCGGCCGAUAGCAAAGGUUGUGUGGAUCGCAAUGAAUGUCUGGAUAUGCCCUGCCUGAAUGGCGCCACAUGCAUAAAUCUGGAGCCACGUCUACGUUAUCGUUGCAUAUGUCCGGAAGGUUAUUGGGGUGAAAAUUGUGAACUGGUGCAGGAAGGUCAAAGACUAAAGUUAAGCAUGGGUGCAUUAGGUGCCAUCUUUGUGUGUCUUAUUAUCAUUUUAAUUUUAGCACUUAUCUUCGUUCUCUACAAUCGUAAACGUAAAACGACAAAUAAAAAACGUAACGGCCCAGAAAAAGAUGUACGUGAAACCGUGAUUAGUUACGACGAUGAGGGUGGCGGCGAGGAUGAUAUGACAGCGUUUGAUAUAACACCGCUGCAGAUACCGAUCGGACAGGGUGGUACAAUGCCACCGGAUAUAGCUGCCUGCAAGGUGCCAAUAAUAUAUCCAGUUGUGACAUUGAUGCCCGGUCAGGAAUUGAAUGUGGGGUUUUUAAUGGAGGAACGCAAAAAACGUUGUGAUAAAGACAUCAAUGCGCCACCUUUCGAUGAUUUGCGUAAUUUUACCUAUGAGGGGAGUGGGAGCAUAGCGGAGUCCUUAAGUUCGUUAGCAUCAGGCACCGACGAUGAGAAUCAAGACUUUAAUUACUUAGAAACGUGGGGUCCCCGUUUCAAUGCUUUGGCGGCAUUAUAUCUGCAAGAAAAAACAAAAUUGAAACAGCAAUAC